CAAUCUUACCAUUCUCUUAGCCACCUAAAAAAUUGCCAUAUCCCAACUCUACCAAUGUCAUUUUGGUCAUUGGACCACCCGCAUCCCAACCCCCAUUCCAGUAUAAUUUAUAAAUUAAUGUACAUUAAUGACUAAUUAUGUACAACAAUACAACGUGUAAAAAAAACCAUCUUCUAGCCGGAAUAUUCUAUCUGGGGAUGUCACCGACAAUCGGAGUAGAUGUUCCGCUUCUGCCGGAGCAUAAGGUGACUGAGAAACGUGCAGCAUCGGUGUCUGGAGCAGUGUUCAAUGUAUCGACUAGCAUAAUAGGUGCAGGAAUUAUGUCCAUACCUGCCACCCUUAAGGUGCUGGGUGUAAUUCCUGCUUUUGUAUUGAUUGUGGUUAUUGCUUGGCUUGUUGACAUUUCUGUGGAGUUCUUGAUGAGAUACACAUAUUCCGGCGAGUCAAAAACAUAUGCCGGCGUCAUGAGGGAGGCCUUUGGGCCGGUCGGAUCUGUGGCUGUGCAAAUAUGUGUCAUGAUCACUAAUCUUGGAUGCUUGAUCAUUUAUUUGAUCAUUAUUGGGGAUGUCCUGUCAGGAAAUGUUCAUGAGGGGUCAGUGCACUUGGGGGUGUUGCAAGAAUGGUUUGGCAUUCACUGGUGGAAUUCACGCGCUUUUGCACUCUUCUUCAUUGUUGUUUUUGUUAUGCUUCCUCUGGUCUCCUUCAGGCGUGUAGAAUCACUGAGGUUCAGCUCAGCUAUAUCAGUUCUCCUGGCAGUAGUGUUUGUUGGGAUUAGCUCAGUUUUGGCAAUCUCUGCACUCAUUGAAGGGAAAACCAAUAGUCCAAGAUUGUUGCCCCACCUAGACAAUCAAGUUUCCUUCUUCGACCUUUUCACUGCUGUGCCAGUGAUUGUGACAGCCUUCACCUUUCAUUCCAAUGUUCAUCCGAUUGGUUUUGAGCUUGGCAAACCUUCUGAUAUGAUUUCAGCAGUAAGAAUUUCACUAGUAAUCUGCGCUGUCAUAUACUUCUCCAUAGGCAUUUUUGGGUACCUUUUGUUUGGAGAAUCAAUCAUGGCUGAUAUAUUAGUCAAUUUCGAUAGAAGUUCUGAUACAGCAAGUGGUGCAUUACUGAAUGACAUGGUUAGAUUAAGCUAUGCAUUGCACCUUAUGCUGGUGUUUCCUCUCUUGAACUUCUCUUUAAGGGCAAACAUCGACGAAUUUCUUUUCCCCCGGAAGACUCUAUUGGCAAAAGACACUACCAGAUUUGUGUCCCUCACUCUAAUCAUAUUAAUCUUCACUUACCUAUUAGCAAUAGCCAUUCCAAAUAUAUGGUACUUCUUUCAGUUUGGGGGAUCAACCUUUGCAGUGUGUCUUGCCUUUAUUUUUCCAGGUGCUAUUGUGCUAAGGGAUACUCACAGGAUAUCUACAACCAAGGAUAGGAUCAUAGCUUCAACAAUGAUAAUUCUGGCUGUGGUAACGAGUACAAUUGCCAUAUCAACCAAUAUAUAUAGCAUGACGUCAAAUAAGUCAUAGUUUCCUUUUCCUCGCUUCUUUCUUGUCCAAACGUUUUUGUAGUUGAGGUGCCUAUAUUUUUGUGUAUCCUUAGAAUCCAGCAGCCAAAAUUAAGCAGGUUCUGUGAAAAUUUAGUGUGCAAACUUGCAAGUCGAGCAGUUCAUUAGUGUUGCUAUCUACUGCAACGAAGUUCUGGAUACAAUUUUGCAUAAUAUCCUACAAUGAGGCUACAAGGAGGAACCCUCUUAUGAUAUUGAGUGAGACUCUUGGUGUCAGCAAUCAUCUCAGUAGCUCUAUCCUAUCUUUGAUUAAGAUAUGAUAAUUCAGCUACUGAUUCUAUCAGUACAUUACAACAUUUGCAGAAUCCAUCUUUGUGCUUGUCUGUUUCAUUUCAUUUUAUUUCUUGAAAUGACAUAAACAGAGUGUUUGUUUCAGUCUCAUGUCUUUUCAUUUUUUUUUUUCCCAGUCUCAAUGUUAUCUGUAAAACUAUCAAACUGUGAAACAAAGUUCAGUCAGAUUUCUGUUGUAA